UGUUCUUGGUCCUCGGGGCAGGAGCCACUUUGUGGAGUCCAACUUCGGGAAAGUCACCGCGAUAGUUGUGUUUUACGGAUUUCCCACUUGAAAAUAAACUUCUGAGCCUUGUAUGAAGUUAUUACAUUGCGAAGAGGAUUUCUAAGAAGUACACGUUUGGGAACAAAGCGUCGAAAGAAGCUACAAACCAGUAUUGGAGUCUAGACAUGGGGGAUCAGGAGCCUCCAGAGUUCGGGUCCCAGGAGGAAGAGCUGGAAUACUGGAAGGAACUGGCUGCCAGACACCAACAGAGUGCUGAAGAGGCCCAGGAGGAGCUGCAGGAGUUCCAGCAGAUGAGUCGAGACUAUGAGUCGGAGCUGGAGACGGAGCUGAAACAGUGUGAGGCUCGAAACCGAGAACUCCUCGCCGCCAACAACCGCCUUCGCAUGGAGCUGGAAAACUACAAGGAGAAGUAUGAGACGCAGCACUCGGAGGCCUGUAGACAGAUCUCCACCCUGGAGGGAGACCUGGCCGAGACCACGGCCAUCAGAGACCAGCUCCAUAAGUACAUCAGAGAAUUAGAACAGGCCAACGACGACCUGGAGAGGGCCAAGAGGGCGACCAUCAUGUCCCUGGAGGACUUCGAGCAGAGGAUGAACCAGGUCAUAGAGAGGAAUGCCUUCCUGGAGAGCGAACUGGAUGAGAAGGAGAAUCUAUUGGAGUCAGUUCAGAGGCUGAAGGACGAGGCCAGAGACCUGAGGCAGGAGUUGGCCGUUCAGCAGAAACAGGACAGGAAGCCGUCACUCAGCAGCGCAGCCAAAGAGCCGAGCGUCCUGCCCACCCCCCCUCUGACCCCCCCGGAUAAGAGAACAGAGGAGAAAGCCCCGCCCACCACGCCGUCCAGACCUCCAGCUGCAGCCGAGGCCUUCUCCACCCCUCAGGCCUCCGUCAGCAGAAGUGAAAGUCUUUCGGGGACUCCUCUCACCACAUCAGCCAGAAUCUCAGCCCUGAACAUUGUGGGAGAACUCCUGAGGAAAGUCGGGAACUUGGAGUCGCGGCUGGCGUCGUGUCGGGAAUACGUCAACGAGCAAACAGCGAACAGGAGGGGAAACGGCGGAGGAACGGGGACGGCGGCGGGACAGAACAACCCCCCGGAGAAUCACCCAACCAACGGCAUCUACAACAAAGGGUGAGCUGGGACGCCGCUCCAAGAAAGACGGCUGGUGAAGAGGUUGGACUUUGGAGCCGGACCGAAGCUGCUGCUGUGAACCACCAGAACCAGCAGAACCACCAGAACCAGCAGAACCACCAGAACCACCAGAACCAGCAGAACCGCCAGAACCAGCAGAACCUCCAAACAUGUAUCGGUACCGUCCCAUAUCACGCCGUGGCCUCAGACUCCACUGGUUUAAGACGCGGUUGACCGCCACAGGAUGCUGCAGUAAUGGAAUGGACGUUGCUAUGGAUACGGCGGCACAUUUCAUGCAGCUCUAGUUGUUUUAACUGGAUUCUUCUGCACAAGCACUUAGCGUCAACUAACCGGCCAUUUCACCUCCCAGGGUUUUGCGCUUUUUUUUUCCGUCUCUGUGCAUUUUCGAGACGACCUGGACUCACAAAGACACUGGAAAGACACGAACUGAAGCUGGUUUAUUCGAAAAGACAAGAACCUAAGGGACGUAUCCGACUAUAGUAGUGUUUUAUUAUUUUUUUUUUUUUUAGAAUAAACCUUGAAACUUGGAUGUACAAAGGAAAAGUAGUUUGGAGGAAAAUGAGUUUAAUGUUUUCAGAUUCUACUUCGAUGCUCCACGUGAUGUUUUAAGAGCGUCGUUUAAUGUAUGACUUGAUUGAUUGUAUGAUUUAAACAGAAGCUGCUGUGAAUCCACGGUCCGACGUUUGAGGGACAAACAGAUUCAAACAUGUUUAGUUUAGUGUGAACAGUUUUUAGACACUGGAGGAGCACUUUGAGCGGCUGGACAGUGUUAGAGGAAGGUUAGCGCUUCUACGGCGGUUUGGUUCCACACCGC